UCAAUAACUCGGAUUGUUGUCAUGGUUAUGGAUCUAGGAACAAAAUGGCUGCCAUGAUCCAAGUACAGAAAACAAAGCAGGUGAAAUACGGCCUGGAAGUGCCUAAUGGGCUAACCUAUCAAGGAUGGGAGCCAGGAGGAGAGUAUACAAAGCCUUUCAUUCUUAAAAAUGUGAACCUAAAGACCCAAAAAGUCAAGUAUAAAAUCUCUAGUGAUCAGUUUUCCAGUAAGAUUUACCCACAACCAAUUGUUUUAAGUGCUGGGACAAGCUACACACUUCCUAUCACCUUCCGGCCCAAUGAAAAGUGUCCUUAUAAGGAGUUCAUCCAUAUUGAGACGGGAGAGGGGCAGUUCAGCGUGCCCAUUCAGGCUCGGCUCCCACGGGCUGACAUAUCGUUACCUCAAUCACUCAAGUUUGGAAUGACGGCUAUUCAAGACAGUCUCACCGUACACUUCGAACUCACUAAUAUCGGCAAUGUGUCUGCUAACUACUCGUGGGAUGUUCCGGAGGGUUUCAGCAUUUCCCCCAAAAUUGGCUCCCUCCCUCCCAAGCAGUCCACCAAACUAAAGGCAGUGUUCUCACCAACAACUGCAUUUGUGUAUAGUGGAGAUGCUGUCUGCAAAUAUAAUGCCUGCAAAGUAGGAGGACUGAAAUGUGCUGGUGAAGAGAGGAGGGUGGUGGGUUUGGAGGGCGUGGGCAAGUAUCCUCACAUCACUGUGAGACCUACUACUGGCACCAGCAAGCUACCAGCUCACCCACUCAAGAAGAAGAAAGGUUCUAAAUUGAAAGGCUCUCAUCAUAAGUCUCCUCAAGAGAGGCUAACAAUCGAUGAGGCACUUGCCGACACGGAGGGUGGAUUGAGUGAGGGUGGGAGUGAUGUGACAGUUGAAUUCGGGAGCGUACCUGUGGGGACAGUCGCUGAGAAAUGGAUCAAAGUUUCCAACGUCUCACCAGUAUCAUUGACCUUUGCCAUCAGACCUGAAUCAAACACUGCCCCUGAUUUCCUUCCUCUCUAUACAAGCUCAGAAUUCGAUGGCUCGCUACAACCGCACGAGUCGAAGAAAAUCAAGCUCCUCUACUCUCCAGGCCUACCCAACCCCUACCCUUCCAUAGGCUACUUCAGUGUACAGGCUAGGGGCGGGCUGGGUAGUUGUAGGGUGGUGUGUCAUGGGUCUGCUAUGCCUCCAAAGGUUCGAGUUGAGGAGAGAGUGGUCAAUUUUGGAAAUGUUGAGCUUGGGAAGUCUGCUACAAGGUCACUGUGUAUCAGAAAUGAAUCAAACUGUGCGACUACAUUCCAGUUCCUGUUAGGCUCUGGCAGUGUGUUCGAGUGCUCCUCAGUUAGUGGAGAGUUGGGUCCUAAUACCUCUAAAUCACUGACACUGCACUUCACUCCCACCAAGCCCAUCCCAUGUUGCAGGCACAUCACUGUCCUGCUCAAUCAUCAGGAUCCUUUGUUUGUGAGUUUCAUUGGAAGCUGCUUCUCGGAAACUGUCAGACCAGCCUGUGUUCAAGCACGUCAUCUGGAUGCAUACCUCCAGCAUGCUCAAACUGGCCUCUCUAAACUGCCACCUGAGCGAUUGAAGAGCUACCUUGAAGAUGGCCAGGUCUCACUAGAGGGAGAUGUUCUCACGCCCACCACCCUCACACCGCCCACACCAGGCACACCACUCACAUCUCACACCUCCGCAUACGCACACUAUUUACAGUCAGAACAUGAGCCAGCGGCACUGCCUCAUGUUAGUGCUGAUGUUGAUGUGGUUAGAUUCGGCUACUGUGCUCCUCAGAGAACUUCAGACGGACAGAUGGUAAGUGUCACCAACCAUACUGAGGGAGUAGUUACCUGUGUCUGGAUGACUGGAGCAGGAAACAACACAGUUUCGUUUUCUGUCACCCCGGAGGAGAGGCAGAUAUCACCAGGCAGCACUGCUUGCUUCACUGUCACCUUCAGUCCUGAUACAGCCAGCCAGUUCUACUCAAAGGAGAUUGAAUGCUUCGUCUUCUAUAAGGGCCUUUCUGACUACCGCUACAUUGACCCUCACACCCUCACCCCUCCAUGGUGCCUCACUGUACGUGGCUCAGGGCACUCCUUCGCACCAGGCACUGAAACAUUCCAGCCGAGGCUGAGGAUUGACACUAAGAACUUGGUAUUCCCUGCCUCUGUGCCUGGUCAGCCUGUAUAUCGUACAGCCAUACUGUCUAACGAUGGAAACACACCAAUACUGUUUGACAUACCUCAAGACCAAGAAAAUGUAUUCAGUGUGAAGCCAUCCCAUGGACUCAUCAUAGACUCACAGCUCCUCGUAUUGCAGCUGCUACCUCACGAGAGCAAGGUCUACAAACGUAUCCUCUCUUUCCAGCUGAACGCAACUCAACUAUGGAAUGAGGAGUUGCUGCUGUCAGGUUCUGGGGAGGCCCCUUUAAUCAAACUGGAUAAUAAGGGUGAGCUGUACUUCAAGCCUACUUGUGUGGGAGCCAGUUCAGCAGUGCCCUACAGUAUCACCAACAUCUCAAGAUUACCAGUCAAGUUCAGGUGGACUUUAGAGGAUGAGAAUAUUGGAGUGGUGGGAGUGGAGCCUGGAGCUGGGACCAUACUCCCAAACCAGUCGCAGGAGCACACCUGGUACUUCACCCCCACCGAGUGUAGCCAGUACACUCUCAAGGCUGUACUGGUCAGUAGCAUCCAGACAUCUGCUCUGAGGGGCCUGCAGACUAAACACAAGACUGUGCUCAACAUGCAUGGACUGGGAACCAAGGGAGAGAUUAUGUGUUCUCCUGCUAGUGUUGACUGUGGCACGGUGAUCAUUGGGACCUCCUCCCAGCACACCCUCACCCUGUCCAACCCCAGCCCCUGUAGUCUGGCUUACCAACUCUUAGUGGACUCAAGUAUUGCACCACCUGGGUCAUCUCUCAAGCAAGGCACAGUGGAGCUUAGUUCCAAUGAGGGAGUGCUACCGGCCUGGACCCAGGAGAGAGUGAGGCUCACUGUACGACCGACCACCACACAACUCUAUACCUGCACCCUCAAAUAUCACCUUAUCGGAGCAGCAUUCAACAAGAAUGCAUCUCUGCCUUUGGCUACUGCUGACCUUUGUACUCUGAGAGUAGACGGGGUCUACCCUAGUCUGGAGGUGGUGGACAUACAGGGAAUGGGUGUGGCCAACCAACACAGCAAAGCCGCACUCUGGGCCAUGCUAAAUAUCGACAAUGUGAAUGGAAGCCUUUGUGAUGAGCCCUCGGAUGCUGAGCUUCGUUAUGCCAUUGCCACUCGACACAGUAUGCAGCGGAGAGUGUCUGUAAGAACUAGAGCCAUUGUGGACUUUGACCUUGGAGCAGCCCCCCUGAAUGCUGGGAGUAGCGUGGUGCACAUUAUGAUGGAGAACAAAGGACAAGUCCAGGCAGAAUGGGCAUUCCAGUUCCCCAGUGAUAUGCACCUGGAGCCAGAGUACUGGGCUGAUAAUGGACAGUUGGACGAUGUGGAAAAACUCGAACUGAAUAUUCUCGAUAACGAGUUAUUCAGCGUUGAUCCUAAGAGAGGCAGUCUAGAGCCUGGCGCUGUGUGUACUGUAGUGGCUAGCUUUAAACACAGUCACAUUGGAACUAGCAGGCUUCCAGUUCUCCUCAAGAUCAACCGUGGGAGAGAAAUACUAUUGAACUGGACAGGUGUGACUGUGGAGCCUGGUCGUUCCAACGUUCACUUCACCUCUCACUCGCACACUUUCAAUCCAGUCUCCAUCGGAUUACACGCCUACCCCAGACAGGUGUACACACUGUACAACGUUGGAGAGAGUGCUGUAAGCUAUGAGAUUGACACCCGACCGUUGGACAGGCUGAAACAGACCAACUAUUCCAUGACAGUGCUGGAGUGUCUACAACCAAAGGGCCUCAUUCCUCGUCAGUCAUCCGUGUCUGUAGAGUUUGUGUUUUCACCUCUGGAAGCCAAGAAAUACAUUGUUGACCUGCCCAUUCAUCUGUCUUCCGGAGACACAGAGUUUGUGAGUUUCUCGGGAGAGGGUUUGGACCUGAGCCAGGAAUGCUUCGGAGUAGAAGUCAAAACAGUACAGACCGUUCCUGUCGAUGGUAGCAUCUCCAUAGCAGGACAGUUGGCCAAGCUAUCUCAACAAACGCUGAGGUUUGGACAUGUCCCGCUUUUCUCUGUCGUUCGCCGCCUGGUGUUCCUGUCCAACCUCUCAGAGCACACUCUCUCGUACCACUGGGACCUCAGCUCACAGCUCACCAGAGACGUGGUGUGUAUUGAGCCGCUGACUGGUUAUGUUCAGCCGGGGCACAGUGUUACCUGUAAGGUCACCUUCUGUUCUCACUCCUCCCCUUCCUUCUACGAUAUGGACCUCCUCUGUCAGGUGGUAGAUGAGACCAAGAUGUUGGCCUACCAUUCAGAGCUGAAAGAGUGGGAAAGAAAAGUGGAGGAAAGAAAACACCUCUUCACCAUAACAGACAAAAACAACAUACCAUCAAAGACCACAAUUAGGCCUCAGAGCACGCCAAAGCUCAAAUCACUUCCUGGAGCACAGACAAAGAAGUCGACUAAACGGCCUCUGACAUCCGACAAUGAGUUACGGGGGAAGCUAUCAGCACUACCACCCAUUGGGGCAAAAGAGGAGACUUACGACGAGUGGAAGAAAAAAGAUUUAUCAGUGAAAUCAAAGACAAGACCUCGAGCUAGACAGACUAGUGAAAAUGAGCCACCCUCUCCUCCCGAGUCGUUGAUCCUUCACCUUGGCGUGAGUGCUCAGACCUCAACCAUACCAGACUUUGCCUGUCUCGAGGGCCGCCUCGACCAGUUCUUCAUUGACCAGCAGGCUCUCAUCUCGUGUGAUGGCCACCCACCGAGCAUUGAGGAGCCCGUGAGAGUUGGAGUGGAAGAGAAACAAGUGGUCGAGUGUAUGCUACUGCAGAUGAUAAGGGAGCUAUUAGAUGAUGCCAACUUUCAUACUGCUAUCAAGAACGUUGCAGACGAACCCGUUCCUUACUUUGACCAAUUCUCUACGCGAAAUGAACCGAGCGACUCAGUCAGACACUCGGCAAGUCGCCACAUCUAUGCUUCAGGUCUUGCUUCUCUGCCAUCUGGGCAUGACUUUCCUCCACACCCCUCACACAUGCCUCACUCCCACACAUCCUCACAAUCGUCACUGAGUGAAGAUGUUAGAGAGAUGACGGCAACACAGUCACAAUGUAACGAUUCUCCAGAGGUGGAAGACACUAUCGCUAAGCGGAGGAGCCAGGAUCGUACCAAUGCUGAAAUUGAAUCUAAUAUAAAACGUUCUCCUGAGUUUACUGAUCUGGUUGAGGGGAUUCUAGAGAACACGAUACUAAACAUUCUCAAAGAAGCUUGUUCUGGCCAAUUGAACAUUACAGCUCCCAUCUACACUAUUGCUAAAGCUCCUGACACAAACCCUUGAGACUGUAUUGUAUCAAAUAAUUAUUAGCUAUAAAAUUAGUUAGCAGAACUGUAUCGAUUGGUUUGUGAUGCAUUUGUGAAAAGACAUGUCCAUGCAGUAUUAAA